CACCAUCAUCUCGAGAAGCUAGCUAGCAGCAAAACCCAACCCAACCCAACCCAACCCAACGCAGUACAACACAGUACAACGCAACGCAACCCAACACAACGCAACAAAACCGCAUUGCAGAACAAUGGCGGGACGAACCACGGUGGUCCCGAUGGACGGUGGUGGCAGCGACGCCCCGAAGACCUCGGCGUCCCCCCGUCGCAAAACGUCGAGGGGCAAGGCGUCGUCCUCCUCUCUGGGAGCACAGGCGGCCUCUUCGCUGGCCCUGCUGCUUCGCGAGGACCCGCUGCUCACGAAACACCGGAUGCACCUCAGCGCGGGCUCGAAUUCGAAUUCGAAUUCGACUUCCGACGCAGAGGCAACCGAGGCCGACGCGGACGAUGCCGGGGAUCCGGCGGAACCCCUUCUCGGCGGAAGCGGCGCAUCGGCAGCGACGACCACCGGCGAGGCCAGCUUCUCGUACGCGGCGGCCCUCCUGCUCGAGAACGAGAACGAGAACGGGGAUCGAUCCGGCACCAGCAGCGUCCGGGACCACAAGCAGCAGGCGGAGGAGGCCCUGGGGGAGGUGGAGCGGAAGCUGGCCCUGGUGGAGUCCCUGGCGGAACGCGUCUCCCGGACGAGCCCGGAAGCCGUGGCGGGGCCGCUCCUGCGGCUGCACGGCCACGCGAUCGCCACCGUGGUGGAGGAGGACGGAGAGACCGACGGGGAAGGCGAACCAAAGAGAGGCGGUGGCAACGGCGGUGGCAACGGCAACGGCGAGGAGGGAAUCUCCCCGGCAGCGGCCCAUCCAUCGGCCACGAAUGCUGCUACCACCACCCUGGUCGCCACCCGGGAGCGCUGCGACCGGCUCAAGCGGCAGGGCGACGUUUUGCAGGGAAUCGCCUCCCGCGUCGAGACCUCGCUCCAGCGCGGGCUCACGAGGAUGGAAACCGCCACCAGCCGCCUCUCGAGGGUCCUGCAGCUCUCGGCGACGCUCAAGAUGAUCCUGAGGCUCCAGUUCGAGGCCUCCAAGCUGGAAAACUUUUUGCUGGACGACACCCGGGACCUGACGCGGGCGGCGGCCUCGGUGGCGGUCAUCGAGGACCUGCUCUCCAAGCCCGAGCUCAAGCGGGGCACCAGCAGCGAGGACCGGAUCGAGAUCGUCGAGGCCAUCCGGCCCCACGCCACCCGGACCGCGGCCGCGGUGCGGGAGGCCGCGGCCGCCCUCCUGGCCCAGCAGCAGCAGCCGCACCAAGAGGCCGGGGCCUCCCAUGGGUCCGUCUCGUCCUCGUCCAUCGUUCGGCUCGGGGCGACGCUCCAGGUCUACUACCACCUCGGGGAGCUCCCCGAGGCCGCCUGGAGCGCGGUGGGCCACGCCCUCCUGGCCGCAGAGAAAUCCACCAACAACUUCUGGUCGCCCACCACCCUCACCAACCUCCUGGAGACCGCCACCUCCGAGGCCAAGAUCUCCGCGGCGAGCAAAAAGCUCUCCGACGCCGGGGUCCAGAGGGCCCUCAAGAACAAGCUCCGGGAGUUCCGGGCACGGGCCGCCACCCGAUGGGCCGACGAGGUCGCCGAGGCCUCCCUGCGGGUGUGGAACCUGCAGCAGGUCCUCCUCCGCAAGACCGAUCCCGUCAGCCGGCAGGUCUUUCGGGACGUGGUGGCCGCGGCCCCCGUCCCCGAGCGCUUCCGCUCCGGGCCGGCAAGGGGACCCUCCCCCGGAACCAAGGACUGGUCGAUCUUUGCGCUGUACUGGGACCGCCUCUGCCUGCGCAUGGGGGACCGCCUCAAGCACAUCAUCACCUACGAGCACGGAAAGUUCGCCCCGGACGUUGCGGCCCUCUACCCGGCGACACGGUCGGCGGCGCUGAACAUGCUGGCCUCGCUGCAGGACGUCAUGCAGGCCGCGGGGGCCGCCGGAGCGACGCCCGUGGUGGCCCUCGACGAGACCGCGGAGGCCUCCGGGUCCGCUUCCACCAAAGGGUCGCUGGGGGGCUCGGCCGCCCUCGACGACGCCUUUCUGCAGUGGAGCACCAAGUUGGUCGCAAGGGGAGACGCGGGAGCGUCCGGAACCGGCGGGAACCGACGAACCGGGCCGUCGACGAUCAGUGCCGACAGCUGGACCGUGGCCAAGACCGGAGACGGGGAAGACAUGGGCUCGGCCGGUGGGGCCGCGGCCUCCGCUUCCGGCGGCGGGACCACCAAGUCCCUGUCGGUCGUCUUUCAGUCGCACGAAUGGAUGGCGAUGCAGGGAAACCACGCGUCGGAAAAGGGUCUCUUCCGGAUGCAAAUGGCCUUCCUGGACGCCUCCCGCGAGCGGCUCUGCGCCCCCCUGGAGUACAUGUUUGGCGAAAACGUGACCAUCGACGACGUCGGCAACGCCAUCUCCCACCUGCCGCUCCUGCCCUCCAAGUACGACAUACAGAGGUUCGAUUCCAUCAUCCGGCAGGAACUCGCCAUGGCCGAUCCCCGGGAGGGAGGCGGGGAACUCUCGACCGUCACCAUGAUUGCCGAAAACGUUGUCGGCAUGAUCGGCCGGUUUUGCGCCCGGGCCGAAAACGCCGUCAGCAAGGUCGGCGAGGACGGGUGUCUCUCCGCCGACGGAUCCCCCACGGAGGCCCUGGUCCACGACAUGAAGGUCACCAAGAUCAUGUACUUCAUGUCGGAGUGCCUCCGGAACGCACCGGAAAAGGUCUUUCUGGAACCCUACCGCCCGGCGGUCACCCACCAGCUCGAGGAGGCCUCCAGCAUCGCCGUGCAGGCCCUCCUGCCGGCCCGAAAGGAAAUCGACCGCACGGUCGACUGGCUGGUCCUGAACCCGCUCUGCCGGGCCCUGAACCGGUCCGUGGCGGCGGCGAUAGGACGCAUGCACCACGAAGGGGUGUACCUGAGCGGGGGAAGAAAGAGCGCAAUGGACGUGGACCCUUCGGCCCCCUCCUUUUCUCAGAAGUAUUUGGGCGGGCUGUACGACGCCUUCUGCAAGCAAUUCCUGGACAAGCUUCCCCCGCCCUACUCCCUUGCCGUGGGAUCGGCCGUGUCCAUAUUUUCCGUGUACACCUUUGUCUCCACCGCGUCUCUCAUCCGCCCGAUGGGAGAGGACGCCAAGAUGCAGCUCACGCAGGACCUCGCCGAUUUCGAGCUGAUCGUUGACCAGUUCAUGACGAGGGCCAGCGGCACCGGUGGCUCGCAGACGCUCGCUACCAUCGGCAACGGCAAAGCCUACGCCGAGCUCCGUGCGGUUCGCCAGAUGCUCUUCUGGACGGGACUCGACGACAAGACCAGGGCCGCCGGGCUGGUGGCGAAGAGCCUUUCGCGGGAGGUCUGGGCCCGCGACAUCCGGCCGUCGACGGUGUGCCACUACCUCUUUGCCUUUGCCCCCGACCUGCUCACAUCCCCGCACCACUGGAAGCGCCUCCGCGUCGAGGACUACGUGGGAACCCUGGUGUCGCUCGACGGGACCAUCGACGAGGGCGAAUCGCUCGAUUGGAUGACCACCAUGGCGUGCUGUGAUUCGUACAAGCAGCGAGAAAGCGCGCAGUCGUCCCUCCCCGGGGGAAGCAACGAAGGGGCCGAAGGAGAUCCCCGCGUGGCGGCGAUUCUGAUGAACCUCGGCCCCGAGUUGCUGCAGAGGCGAAGGGCCUAGGCAGAGCGAACAGUGCAACUCCCAAACUGUCGGUUGAUCUUAAAACAUAGUAGUUUCGAAGUUUUUCCAGGUCUUUCUCGGAACGCCUCCAUCCCGGCGGGAUCUCCAAAACGGACGUGCAUGCAGGCUCACAGCCAAUUCUGUGUCACCCAUUGGCUCCCUAAAGAUUCACUUUUCGUUCGCUGCUCCUUCUCACUGCUUCCUUAUCGGAUUUAAUGCAAAGAAGCGAGAACCUUGCGUUGUGGUCUUAUGGUUUUCCGUGGUUGUAUUUGUGUAGGUUCACAAGCCAGUCGCAAAUAUCUGUACUACUUUUUUACGAAAUUCUACCAAUAAAUCAAAGGACAAAAAUUCAAGAAAAUCUGGAGAAGACCGUGAACAAAUUUAACCUGCGGUAUAUUCUAGAUGUCAAUGCAUCAUUCAAUUUAUUCUGUAGUUGAAAAAGUGCGGGACAAGAAUCUUAAGCAACCUUUGGGGCCAUAUCAUUCUUUAUGAGCUUGGGGGAUCAGAGCACUCCACAGGUGGGGGUGAAGUCUUCUUACUGCCUUCCAUGGCGACGCUUCUGGUUCUUCUAGUGGGAUGCUGCCUGUUGUUGUUCUGUGGUACGAUUGAUCCUUGUUCUCCUCGUCGUCUUUUGUUGCAAUUGCUUGCUCAAAUUCUUUCUCGAGUUUCUUGCUGGUGAAAAGAAAUUAGUAGUACUGUACUAGUAUUGCUUUUGUGAUAGCAGACGACGGGGUUCUUGAGUAGGAAUAUGGUGGCACCACCACCACGCUCUGUACUUUUUUAAAUAUUUAGGUAUGAACAUAGCUGGUUAUGAACUACUAGUAAUACUGCUAAUACAAUAUUUUGUACGGU